UUUUCCAUACUGCGGGCGUCUGUGAUUUUUGUAAUUUAUUGAAAUAUUAUAAUCACUAUUUAAAUCGAAUUUGUAUAAAGUGUGAAACUAUUAAAAAUGGAGUGGAUGAUACCGGUAAACGAUAUGCUGAAAGAUGAGAUCACCAAAGUGAAUUAUACAUUGAUACCUCCAGGCUGCCAGGGUGAUGUACGUACUGUGAGAAUCGUGCAAGAGAGUCUGGGCAAGCUGAUCGACUCCCUCGGGGAGCAGUCAGCAACGGCCCAGGGCCUCUCUAAAGCCAUCACCACCGCUGAGAAGCUCCGGAACGCGCCGACUCAUGUGCUGUACCUGUUGAAAGACGCCAGUGCUAAAAACGGCGACGGCGAGAUCAUAGGCUUCCUAAAGGUGUCCUACAAACACUUGUAUCUGUUCGACGAACGCGACAAGGUGCGCGAGGUGGAGCCACUGUGCGUGCUCGACUUCUACGUGAGCGGCGCGCGGCAGCGGCGUGGCAACGGCAGGAAGCUGUUCGACCACAUGUUGCAGGACACCGGGAGCCGGCCCCAGGACCUGGCUGUGGACGGCCCGUCGUCCAAGAUGGAGACCUUCCUCGCCAAAAACUACGGCGUCGACCGCCUCAUCCGUCAGAGCAACAACUUCGCCGUCUCGCCUGCUUUCUUCAUUACUUCGCCUGAUGCCAAUAAGUCUGGUCGCAACACCCCCGUGAUCCCUACGGCGGCGGUGGGACGGUUCGCCGCCCGCAAACCCCCCUCAUCUAUCUCUGAUGUGAUCCACGGAGCUACGGACCGGGUGUACGUAGAAACGAAUAAUGGAACUCCCGAGGACACUCCGGCACCAGCGCCCGAGCCUCCAAAGAUCCCAACUCCGGAGCCCGAGCCGGAACCGGCACCGGAGCCCGUUCCGGAAGUUCCGGAAGUGCCGGCUUCACCCAGCCCGGAACGCCCGACCACUUUACAGGUCGCCCCGGCGGUGUCAGCCGCGCCAUCUCCGGCGGGCUCGGCCGCACCACGUCGCGAUUCCCAGCUCACCGAUCAAGGGUACUUUGAUGUCAAGUUCUACCACAAUAAGCUGUGGUAAUUACCUUGGGUGUUUUAAUUUGUGUCCAUUCCUUUUUACUUGAUGCUGUUUCGUUGUGAGUUUAUGUAUUUGGAUGUUUAGAUGGCUGAUUUUGAACGCGGAUUGCUUGUAAACUGGAUUAAGAUGUUUUCUUUGAUCUUGGAGGUUAGCCUUUAAAGGGUUCCUUGUGAGAGCUUUUGCUGGAUUUCUAGAUGUCAGAAAAGAAACUGAUUACUUAUAACAUGACUUAAGAUGUAUUAUUUUAUCCCUGAACUCUUCCAUUAAGGGAUGUAAUUGAAGUAACUGAUAAACAUCGGAAUCGUUGAGUCAGGACGGCCCAAGUCAUUUUUCUCUUAGCGUCAGUUGGCAACGUACUUGUUUACCAAACACCAGUAAGAUUGAAUUGAGUACUAUAACUUGAGAUGACGAAUAAGCUCUUUUUAAUUACAUUUUUAACUUUGAUACUUAUCCUGGAAAAUAUAGAAAUAGACAUCGAAAUACCGUCCGUGUUGGAGCGAUUUCAAUCACAUUAUGUCCGCUCCGCUCGUGUUAAAGUUUAUUGGUUUUCAAGUUCUACAAAACUUAAGUCCAACUGAAAAGUUUCUAUGUCCUAUGUCGUAAUACUCAUAAUUUCGUACAACCAUUGGUAUAAUUUCAAACACAAACCUAUUGGAAAACUUUGAAAAUCAAUAAGUUUUAUUUACCCAACCAAAUAUCCACGGUGAUUUCGUCAUCUUGAUUUUUAAUUAAUAUCGUUUUUAUUCUUCGUUGACGCUUUCGUUUUAUAAGGUAUAGACACCAAACCCGUUUUCUUUCAAGAUUCUUUGAUUUAAUACCUGGCCUAUUCAUGUUAGUGCGUCUACUACGGUAAUAUUGCUUGAUGAUGUAUGUACUAGCGACUGAUAUGAGAAAAUGAUAUCUUUAUUACUAUUCAAAUUAUGCAGAAUGACGCAUCGAUUAUUUGUUUUAUUCUUUGCAGUCAGUCAGUCAGUCAGACCAAUCUAAACUAUUUUAUUGUGUAAUAUAUUAUGUACACUGACAAACUUACAUAUAUUUUAUGUAAUAAUACCUAUCUAUGUGCGUACAAAUCGUGUAGUUUGAUUGUCAAAUAGCUUGUACUUCACUUUAUACACAGUUAGGCAUUUAAUCAGUCGUUAAUUUUCAAUCGGACAUUUUUAUUCCUUUAUUUUAGACUAGUUUAAUACUAGGACGCUAAAAAGACAAACAGAAUUAAGUUAAUCAAAUAGUGAUUUAAAUCGGUCGGAUUCUGGUGAAUCCACCGGUGUUUUUUUACAAAUUAUAAGGCGGCGAAAGGCGAAGUACUUUUACAUAUAGUUGAUUUCCUCAUAGAUCUUAUUUAUAUGCUUUCAUUUUAGAGAUUCGGCCGCUAAAGUGGGUGUUACAUAUUUGAAAAAAUUGAGUUCUGCCGAGUGUUUGGAAAGGCUUGCGUUGUAUGAGCACGAAUGUAUUAAUUCGAAUAAAGACUCCGUUAUUUAAAUUUGUAAUCAUGUGUGUUGUGCCUACUGCACUAUUAUUUAUAUGUUAUUAUUACUUUCAUAUGACGCAACUUCUGUCAUUAACUUUAUAAUGACGCGUACAAACGUAAUUAUUAUUAAUGACGCUCUAUUAUUUGACUUGAAAAUGUUUUAUGCUGUUUUCUGUAGUUUACAAUUUUAUAAAAUAUUAAUUUUUAAUUUAGCUAUACUAGUUUCACAAGAAGUAAAUGGCGAACAAAACGUUAAUACAUGCGGUCACUCGGUUUACUUAUUUAUACUUUUUUUUGCUUGAAACUAAUUAUACACCUUGCACUGAUAUGAAGCAUUCCUUUUAAACUCGUGAAAUCGUAUAUUGUUGAAAUGAAUAUUGGCGUGUAGUGAAUUUUAUUGCCAAAAAUUGGCAAGUUCUUGAUUGAUUGUGGCACAUUUUUAUACAUGUAUCGUGGUUAUUAUAAACGAACAUUUACUUAGGUAUAACCAACUUUUUGCUUUAUAUAAUUAGUUGUAUGCUCUAUAAUUACCUACUAUAAACUCAUUUUUUGUUGUUUGGUCGAUCACUGUGUCAUUGUAGAUGUAGAGAAUCCAUCACUCUAAAUAAAUACAUAUUGAUGAAGUGACACGGAUGAUAGGGCAACCAAUUUUUUAUUAUUAUUCCGUUGUACCUAUUUUAUUGAGGUCAGAAACGGGUCUAGUAACCUACAGAAAAAAUAUUAUUCAAAUUGAUAAAAAGUGAAUACAUUUUUCGUGAAUUCUGGCAAGCAAGUAUAAUCCUGUAUUUUUUUUCUUAUACUACUGAGAUUGAUUUAAUGGUGUAUAUUCCAAAUGUUACAUUGGGGUGUUAUUUUAAGGCGUUAGAAACUAAAGUCAGCGUAGACUUAACUAGUACCUACACUACACACCAUUGUAUUUUGUGAAAUAUCAUAAUAAUAUUUCGUUAUUUUCAAUCAAAGUGAGUUCAAAACUACCAACGUAUAUCAUAAAGCAUUGCACCGAACAUGAGUUGGUAUUAAACAUACAUUUACAUUAAUAUUCUCAGUAGGAAUAUUUAUUGCAUUACAUUUUAAAGAAUUAUGAAACAUGACGCAUGCAAAUUUGCGUGCGUCAUCAUUUAUAAAAUUCUUUCAUUUUGUAAAAAAAACAUGUUCUACUACAUACAACGCUGCUACUACGCUGACAAUCGCACCAAUAACUCAUAAUUCUCAUAAACCAAAUAAUAACUAAACUAGGUUAAUUAAUUUUAAUAUUAUUAACAGUAUUUAGUCGGCAUCGGGCCCUCGGCUCUAGACUUAAAUAAUAAUUGAUGUUGUCCACUCACAUUAUUUUAAGUAUGGUAAUAAUUAUUAAAUAGUAUGUUGAUUACAUUACAAUGGCCAAGGCUGGAGUGAUAGAUAUGCAUUUUAAAUUAUAAGCUAUUAUUUGAAAUGUGCAUUAAAUUAAUUAUUGUUAGCGAUCUGUUAUUUUUUGUACCUAUACAAUUGUUUUGCUCGAAUUACAUUGUAAUGAAUAUAAAUCGUUUUAAUACAAUUAAAUCGCUGAAUUAUAAA